AAAUACUUCUAUUUCCCAGUUGGAUGACAAUUUUGUCUCCAUGCCUGAUUCUACAGUGUCCUUUUUCAGUUUCCAUCCAAUGGAAUUUGCCAGUACCAUCAGCACUCAUUCCUCAAAACCCUCGUUUGUCUAAAGCCCUAAACCCCUUUCUCCACCAAUGGCGAUUUCUGUUUUUCUUAAUGCUUUUGCUCGCCGUGCUCAGCUUCCCAGUUCUCGUUCUUCUUAUGAAUCUGUGUUCAGGAAUGUUAAUAGCCCACUGAUGAGUUCACCAUUGAGCACAAAAUUCACAAGUUUGGGCAGUUGGGCUUACUGCUCAAAAGCAGAUCACAAUGAUCCAGUUGCGCAGAACCAAACUAAGUCCAACCUAAUAAAGGUAGUUUUCAAGUAUGUAUGCACGAAUGACGUAUUUCAAGACGACGACAGUAGGCCCAUCAAGCCUGUAGUAAAAAAGGUACUUGAGAUUCCCAGUGGGCAUACAUUCUUUGAAUACAGAGAAGGAGAUGUCGUGGGGUGGUGUAACUUGAACGAUUAUUUGCACUCAUAUCUCGUGAAAGCUAAGGAGGCUACAGAGUCAGCCAGUGGACAAAGAGUAUCAGAGUAUCGUUUUAUAGAAGCUUCACUUUUCAAAGAUCGUAUAAGAAGUAUAAUGGAUAGUGUAACUGAUGUUUUUGAUGUAAAGUGCAUGAUGGAUAAUAUUGAGAAACCUAAAGAAGCUUUUCCCAAUGGCAAAAACUCAAGAUGCGGACUCAAACUCGAUCUUGAUGAUAUAUUCAAAAUUCGUAUUUGGGAAAUAAUAACAGGCGGUGAUAAGCGCGUGCUGGAUAUUAUUGUGUCAGAGUUAAAGAAAAAUGGAUUUGAUUUCACAGAAGAUCCAGUAAAACUCCAGAAAAUUGAGGAAGCAGUUGAGAGGGCUAUGACACGAAUGACAAACGGGAUCAAGCUUAAUCUGCCAGUUCCUGCUGGUAUACCUGAUAUGAGUGCAACUAUCAGUUGGGGUAAAUAUGUUGGUCCACCUAUGGUGAAAGCUAUCAGUGUGGCCCCAACUGAAGUAGUCAUACGUCUCAUACGCCUUGGACGGCGGUGAUCUUCUUCGGUGUUCUUGUUUUAAAUACAAGAAACGGAUCAGUUAGCUGGAACACUGUACCUGUCUUUUGUUUAUUGAGCUUGUAAGUAUUGAAUACUCCAGUAGACCAGCACUGAAGUUUGCAACUGCGUUUUCAUGGAACACAGUGAAGACAUGUUUUGCGAUUUCUAGGUGGCUGCUAAUCUCUUAAAACUUUUUCCCAACUGGUUACUGCUAUCCUUCAAGAUCCAUUGAAAAUCUUUGUUCAAUCUGUAUUCAUGGGAGCAGUCGUGUGUAUGUUUUUUGUUUUUUCUCUUGGAAUUUGAUAGUUUAAAUCUGUAAGUCUUGUUCCCAAAACCUCUAAUAUUGAUAAUUUCUCUUUUAGUGGUUCAGAAUUGAACUAUCCUCUAAUUUUGAGCUAGUGUACAAUUAA